CAGUCGGUUGCCAACAUGGCGGCUCGGCGAGAGGGAGGGCUGCUACUACAGCGAUGCAUUUUUUGUUCAAGAGAGACACUCAUAUCAAGACAUGGCUUUAAUGUGCGCAAUUUUUCAAGAAUAGGAAAUAAUUUGCUGGUUGCGUCAAGUAGAAGUGGAAUUUUCUUUUCUUCAGCGUCUUCGCGUAAGAUUAGCCCCUCAUUUUUGGGAGCGAUUUCUUCGCCUAGGGAAUUUCACACGUCAGAUCCAACUUACAAGAAAGAUUAUUACAAAAUUCUCGGAGUACCACGAAAUGCAGACCAAAAGGAAAUAAAAAAGGCUUACUUUAAUUUGGCCAAAAAAUACCACCCAGAUACAAACAAAGGUGCUAAUGCUGCUGAAAAGUUUCAGGAAAUAAGUGAAGCAUAUGAGACCGCUGUGCCUCGCAUGGGUGCUCGUUUCCUGUUAGCACCAGCCCUUUUGACCUUUCCUCCUUAUCACUUUAAAUCACUUUGUGGUAACCCCUAUGGUGAUGGAAAUCCAUUUGGUGAAGGUAUUGACCCAGAGGAUAUCCUAAAGUCCUUCUUUCGGGGAGGAGACAAUCCCUUUGGCUUUGGGACUAGAAGUGGAGGAUUUGGUUCUGAUUUUCAAGAAAUCCAGCAGCAUGUCAUGAACCUGUCUUUUAUGGAUGCUGCUAAAGGCUGCAACAAAGAUGUUACAACAAGAACAAAAGUAGUAUGUGAUAGAUGUAAUGGCAAACGAGCAGAACCUGGAACUACUUAUUCACAGUGUCCCACUUGUAAAGGAACAGGAGAGGAAACAGUUAACACUGGAUUCUUUCACAUGAGAUCUACCUGCCGGCGAUGUGGUGGCCAGGGUGUUUUUAUAAGCUCACCAUGCAAGAAGUGUCAUGGAAAAGGAAGAGUGAAUGAGACAAAGACAAUUACCAUCCCAGUUCCUGCAGGUGUUGAAGAUGGGCAAACUGUUAGAGUGCCAGUUGAAGCUGGAGAAAUAUUUGUAACAUUUAAGGUCAGUGAGAGUAAAGUGUUUGAUAGAGAUGGAGCAGAUGUCACUUCAACAGUAACAAUUAGUUUUACACAGGCCAUUCUUGGAGGUACAAUACGUGCUCCUGGUAUUCAUGGAGAGAUUGAAAUCAAAAUCCCUCCGGGUACUCAGUCUCACCAGAAGCUCCGUUUGUCAGGGCGUGGCAUUCAAAGAUUAAAUGGCAUGGGCAAAGGAGAUCAUUUUGUCAAUUUUAAAAUACAUAUACCCAAAUACUUGAAUGAGAAGCAGAAGGCUUUAGUAUUGGCAUAUGCCGAGCUUGAAGAUGAAGUCAGUGGGACAGUUAAUGGAGUCGACAAAUCAGUCAAAGACGCCCCACCUAGCCAAACAUGGCAGGCGUAUGAGACACCCACCGGUGGAAAGACGGCGAAUGAGAUUGAUCUCGAAGAAGUCGUCAAAAAGAAGCGCCCCUUAGGUCGGUUCAUGCCUGACGGUACAUGGGAUGACGAAGACCCUGAGGGCAGAGCUCGAGUCGCGAGGAGGCAGUUUUUGAGGAUAGCGAUGAUUGCAUCGUUCACUAUAGCUGCCUACCUGUUUAUGCAAAUCAUCUUUCUGGGGGUUGAAGCUCGCGAGUUUGAUUCGGAGAACACUCGUUGUGAUAAUUUAGGAAAUAGAAGUUGACCAGACAGUAGUAAAGAGAGCAAUAUUUGUAAAUCUAGUUUGUUAAAUUUGAGGGUUUAGUAGAUGUACCGAGGAGGAAUUGAGGAGUCAGAAAAGGUGAAAGUGACGAAGUGUUUUAAAUCCCUGAUCAGGCUCUCAUGUUUCCUCCUCUUGUGGUUGUCCCCUUCGCUACCUGUUACUACUCCCCUCAUCACGCAACAACUGCUUCGCUUUUCCGUUGUGCGACAGUUUUUAAAAAAACUUAUUCGAGCGACAAUCAAAGCUUUGAAGUCAGUCACUUAAGCGAAUUAGGAUUCCAACACCAAGUCAUUAACUCUCCUUUUUUUUUUUUGACUCUUCAAUU